GGUGAACUCCUCGGGGUCCCUUCAUCUCGUGUCAGCACAUUUUUGUGAGCUCCAAAAAAUUUUGUCACGAAAAACACCACUUCAUGGAUGCUGAAAACGAAAUGAACGCUGAAAAUGUCGAUGUGGAACUUUUCUUUCGAAAACCACCGGAGAUCACAAAUUUUGAGUUGGUUAAGACAAUUUGGAUUGACCCGAAAGAGGAGACAAAUUCCACAAACGAGCCAACAUCUGAGCAUGAGCCAAAAUCCCUCCAGCCACUUGCUCUUCAACCCCUUCAAACUCCUGAGUCAGAGUCCGGUGGGUCCUCUUGUUCUCAUUCGGAAGUUGAACAACUUCCUGACGAUAUUCUCAAUGAACCUCUUGAUGAUGAAGUUUUUGAAGAAGAAGAAGAAAAUGUGCAAACUGAUUUACUGUUCCGUCAGCCAAAGAAUUCAGAAAUGGAAUUAGCUUACACCAUUUCAAAAAGUGCCGAAAUCAACCUGGAUGAAUUGGAAUUUGAGGAUGAGGAAGUCGAAGUGGAUCUUUUGUUCCGUGAGCCAACUGAUCGUCGAUUUGAAUUGGUUUAUACAAUUCCAAUGAUGGAAGAUGUGAGUAUUGAUUCUCAGGAAACCAUUACUUUUGAGGACAUUCCACCAUCUGAAGAACUAGAUAACGUUGUGGAAGAAGUUACAGAUGUUGCUGAACUUACUGAAUUUACAUUUAAACCAGUUGAAAAAGAUGAACAGACUGAAACUGAGUCAUUCACUACAGUCCUAGAAGCGAAUGCUGGAGAAGGUGCAAGAGACUUUAUCGAAAGAGUUAAGUUGACUUCCAAUGACACUUUGGAUGAUUUGGAUGAUGAUCCUGAGGAAGAAACUUUCCAAAAUUCGUUUGUAAAAUCUGUGGACUCUAAGACGCCAACUCCAACAGGAGACAAUUAUGAAAUUGAGGAUUCCUCUGUAUCUGAUGUUCUCAAAGAUGCAGCCGAAAAAUUGCAAAUAAUUCGAAAUUAUUCUGCGGACUUGGAAUCCGAAAAAGAUACAAUUAAUACGGAUGUUCAGCAUGUCUUCAUUGGUCUUGAGGAUGAAGGUGGUGUUAUACCAAUAAUCCAAGAAACACAAGAAUAUGUUGCAGAAAUUGGACCUACUCAAGAUAAUCAAGAGUAUGAUUCUACUUCUAAAAGUGAUUUGGAACCUCAAAGCUCUGCUGAUGGGGUUGUGGAAACUUCGACUUUCGAAGCCCCAGCAGUCUUCGGAUUGGAAGAUUCUGAAGAUAUUAUAAAUAAGCAUGCACUGGAAACAGCAUCAAAUCAAGAAUUCUCGAAAAUUAAAGAGCCUGAAGUGACUGAAGUUUCUGAAAAUACCGCAGAAAAUUUGAACGAAGAAGUUGGAGAAUCUAAGAAUCCGGAAGCAAUCGAUCUUGUAGAAUCUGGAGAGAACGCAGGCAUCGAGCAAAAUGCAGGAGCUGAACAAUCUCAAAAAGAAGCGGUUGAGGAAACUUCAAGUUUUAAAGCCCCAGCAGUCAUUGGGUUGGAAGAAUCUCGAGAUAUUUUGAAAGAUCCUUUACUUGAAACUGCACCAGAUCAAGAAAACUUCAAUAAUAAAGAAUCUGAAAUGACUGAAAUUGCUGAAAUUACAACCCCAAUUAGACUUGAAUCGUCUGGAGACAACUUCAUUGGUACCGAUCCAGAAAAGGGCACAGAACAAAUUAAAGGUUCUGAGAGCUCCGAAUUAGUAACCCAAGAAGUCAUUGGGUUGGAAGAAUCUGGAGAUAUUUUGAAAGAACCAGCAUUGGAAACUGUAACAAACCAAGAACUUUCUGAAAAUAAAGUUUCUGAAGUGACCGAAAUUGCUGAAAAUAUAACCCCAAUCGGACUUGAAUGUUCGGGAGACAAUUUUAUUGGUACGGAUCCAGAACAGCAGCCAGAGCCCAUCAAAGGGAUUGAAAGUUCAGAAUUGGAUGUCAUUGGGUUGGAGGAUUCUGGAGAUGAAGUGAAACAAUCACAGUUGAAAUCUUCAGAAGAUCAAGAAUUUUCUGAACUUAAAGAACACGAUGCAUCUGGAAAUGUUGAUGAAACUGGUGAGAGCGCAGAUAUCAAACAGGAUGAUGUAACGGAAAUUGUUCAAAGAGAAACGAUUGGGCUUGAGGAUUCUGGUCUUGCAGAGAUUGUCGCUGCUCAUGAGAAAAAUUUGACAUCUUCUGAUAUUGACAGUUCUGUGAUUCCGGAAGAUGCGGAAAAUGCAUCUCCAGAGGCGAUUGGCCUUGAAUCUUCUGGAGACAACUUUAUCGGUACGGAUCUAGAACAUGAAGAAGGUCAGAUUGACAAUUGUGAGAGUUAUGUAUUGGAAACAGCAGCUGUCAUCGGUUUGGAGGAUUCUGGAGAGAACUUGAAAGAUUCUGUACAGGAAGAUCCACCGGAGAAAGAAUUCUCUGAAAAUAAAGAAUCUGAAGUUACUGGGGAUGUUGAAAAUACAACUGCAAUCGGACUUGAAUCUUCAGGAGAACACUUCAUCGGUCUGGAACAAGGACAGCAAGCAGCUUCCAUUGAAGCAAAUGAGAAUUCUGAAAUGGAAGCUCCAGCAGUUAUCGGUUUGGAAGAUUCUGGAGAUAAUUUGAAUAGGCCUGCAUUGGAAACUGCAUCAGAUCAGGAAAGUUCUGAAAAUAAAGAACCUGAUGCAUCUGAAAAUGUUGAAGAAACUGAGCCAGUUUCAUCUGCAAAGGUAAUUGCGCUGGAAUCAUCUGGUGAUUGUGAAGAAGGAAAUAUCAAAAUAUCUGCUAAUGAAAAUAGCGUGGAACCUGAUGGGGCUGACAAACCAGCACAUACAGAACAAGAAAUUCCCACAAUAAUUUUGCCGUCUGAAACUACAGUCACUCAGCUAGAAGAUCAUCUUUCUGAAACUGAAGAGAAGCAAAACGAAGUAGAAAGCUCAAUUAAAUCAGAAAAAAAUGUGAUUGGACUUGAGGAUUCCGGAGAUACUUUCCGGGAUACGAGUGGCCUUGCUCCUGCUGAAGACAAUGAAGCUGAAGCGACCAUAACUACAGAUUUUGUUCCACUGGAAUCUGCGGGAGAUAUUCCUUCUGAGAACGAGAUCAAGGAAGUAGCAUCUGCUCCUGAUGUUGUUGGUCUUGAAGAAUACAUCAUUGGAAACAUCCCAAACGCUCCAGUUGUUAAUGAUGAUAUUCCCAACGUUUUUACUCCGGAGGUAGCCAAUGAUGAAACAGUGGAAACUUUUAGUGUUACAGCAGAAGAAGCUUCUAUUCCUGUUGUUGUGGAACUUGAACCGAUAGGUGACGAGUACGAAUUUCAGAGACCUGUAGAAAACUUCUCGGAACCAUCAGAUAACAUAAAUCUUGAGGAGAGUGGAGCCGAGCAGGUCUUGUUAGAAAAUAAUAUGUUUACGCCACUUGAUGAACUUGAACCUCAACAGAAAAUCUUAAACGAAAAAGCGGAGCAUAUUGAAAUAGAAGCUUCUGGUGAUGAGUUCAUCAAAGAUCACCCAUUUCCUGUUGAAAAUGAACAGAAUGUCAACGAACAGAGCUCGAGAGUUGAAACCGUACAUAGUUUCAUUGGACUUGAAUCUUCUGGAGUUGGUUUGACUGGAGCUGUUUCAGACUCAGUUGCCAACAAUGUCAAAGAGAAUACAGAAUCCCCAGAUAUCAUUAGUCUCGAAGCUUCUGGCGAUGAGCUUUCAAAGCUUGUUGAAGCUCGAGAAAUUAUAACAGAAAGUAAAGACGCUUACUCUACAGAUGUACCCGAAAGUCGUAAAACCGUUUCGGAUGUUAUUGGUCUUGAAGAGGCAGGUGACAAAAUUGUUUCGAACAAUGUUUCCAAUGUGAUGGGGAAUCCGGAUGAAAGUCAACUUGCUUUAGAACAGGCAGACAAUGUCCCCGAGCUUCCAAUUGAGAAUUCGGAGCAAGAAACCGUCGCUGUCAAAGCUACAGAAUCGUGUGAUCACGUUGUUGACUCCCAAAAGACACUUGAAAGAGCUUCUUCAUUAGAAGAAGACAUCAUGUCGCCAGAAGUGUUGGGCAUCACAAGUUCCCAAACACUUUCUGAUUAUCUUCCGGUUAUUUCAGAGGAUCAAGACAGUAUUCCAGUUCCAGUUACUGAAGUUGAAGAAACUUCAGAGAAACUGGUUAAAGCAUCAUCUUUAGAGGAAGAUGUAGUCUCGCCAGAAGUCUUAGAAUUGGAUGACAGAGUGCAGAAUAAAAAUCCUGAAUCGGAAGUAACAGCAGUCGAUGCUUCUAAAACUGAAGGAGACUUUUCUGAUUCACCUGAUUCUAGGGCCACAGAAACAUUUAUGGAGAAGUUGGUAACAGUGACUGAAAAUCUUCUUCCAGCUGGAGAUAAAUUAUCAGAAGAGCGUAUUCAAGAAAUUAGAGAAAAUGAAACAAUUUCUCAGCCUGGCAAGGAGGAAGACGACCUUGAAAACGCUAACGAUCCAGACGAUGAAACCAUAGUUGAAAAAAUUGUAUCAAUGGCUGAAAGCUCUCUCCCAAUUGAAGCCGUUAUUUCUACUGAAGAUGGAGGAACUUCAGAUCAACCUGCACAGAAUGCAAUUCCAGAUUCUGAAGAGACUACUGUUGAUGAUUCACAAACCGAAGAGAUUUUUACUGAUGAUAACGUCAAGAAAUCAAAAGAAAACACUCCUAAAGCCGAAAAUGACACCGAGAUUAAUUACCUUCCUGGUGGAGAAGAAGGACCAGAGGAUAACGCUGAGAAGAGAAAUGAAGCAGUAUCUCCUAAUGACGAGACAUCAGAAAUCAAACAAGACUUGGAAAAUUUGGAGAAUGGUGCUUCAGGACCAGACAACAAUGUUCAGGUUGAUGAGGCUGCGCAAGAAGAUCCUACUGAUCCAGAAACCGUUGAUGAGACAACUUCAAAGAUCAGUGAAAAUAUGCCAAAAGCACCUGAUACUGAAGAUGACAAUGCAACUGAAUUUAUCGAGGCUGGACUUGAAACUACCGAAGCUUUUGGUGAUGCUGAGCAUGUGAGCUAUCUGGAUGCCAAUAUCGAGAAAUUGGUUGCAAUGGCAGAUGAACCGCUUCCAGUUGAUGAACUCGUAAGCAUUGAGGAACGACCUGAAGAGGUAGCUCCAGCGGAAUCGACUGGAGAAGACGAGGAUAUUUUCAGGAGAGAUAGAAGAACGGUAUCUCUUACAGGAACUGGCGACCAAAAUGCUCCGAUUCAGGUUAUAUUUGUUGGGGAUGGAGAUGAAAAUCCCGAUGCGAAUGCUGAUCAAGAAAGAACUUCUGAACAUAACGAACUUAUUGAAAGUGAUAAAGAAUCAGAAGAAGCCAUCACAAAAAAUGAGGAAGAUGUCGAUCAGGAUCCAAUUCAAAGCGAGGAACCUCUUACAUCCCAAGAGGGUGAAAGCUCAAUUGGAAAUAAGAUAGUAGCUGUUGUGGGAAGUGUUCUUCUUGGUGGAGCCGUGAUUCCAUAUGGAGUACUUGCCAGUAACGAGAAUGAAGAUGCUCAUGCCGAUAGGGAAGUUGAAGAAACUGGUGACUCUACCCGUGAUAGGCCUGAGGAAGAGACAUUCGUAAGCAAAUUGACUUCAAUGGUUGAAAAUAUUCUUCCUUCAACAAAUGAUGAGAAUCCAGAAGCUGUUUCCAUGGUCGAAAAUGUUCUUCCAGUGAAUACAGAGGGUCUGGAUGAAUCGAAGGAAGAUAAUCCAGAUGCUCCAACUGCAGAAGCUCACAGUGGCGAGAAAAAUCUGAGAAACGACAAAACAACUGAUACCAGAGAACGGGACCCUGAGGAAGAAACAAUACUGAAUAAGUUGGUGGAAAACGCUCUCCCAACUGGAGUAACGGGUUCUUUCACUGAAGUUUCUGCUCCUGAUGCUCAAGAACUUGAUGAAACUGUUGUAGAUCAUGCUGGUCAGAAUGAUACGUCUGAAGUCGAAGAUGCUCCUGAAAAAUCAGCUGGCGGGACAGUUAUUGAAAAGUUCACCUCGAUGAUUGAAAGCAUUCUUCCUGUUCAAGCUCCAACUCAGCCUGAAAAUGCGGAAAGCCAUAUUGAUCAGGAAACUGGAGGAGCGUCAGAAAUAAAAGACGACCAGAAUCAACCUGAGGAAUUCAGCGCGGAACAUCAAGGCAAGUUUGAAGUUUCUGCAGAGCCGGAUCAAGAAAGCGCAGAAUUUCAAUUGGAAGCCAAAAAAGAUCAAGAUAAGGAAACAAUUGAAAACUCGGAAGAUGCAAAGAAAGAGACAGUUAUGGAAAAAUUAGUUUCCCUGGUUGAAAAUAUUCUUCCUGUAGAAGCUGUUCUACCGUCUGACAGCACUGUUACCAAAAAUUCAGAAGACAAGAAAGAACUUGAAACCCAAGAGCUUUCCAGCAAAGAAAUCAAAACAUCUGGACAACCGGAAUAUGUACCUGAAACUUCAGAGGCAUUCGUUUCUGAUCCUGAAAUAUUCCAAAGAGUUAAGCGAGCUUCUUCUACGGAACCUAAAACUCAAAAAACUGAACCACAUGCUCCCAUUUUCAUAGUUGGACAGAGUACUGAAGAUGAUGAGCAGAGCAUUGCCAAUGUAAUCGAUGAACUUGUGCAUGAAGACGAUGAAAAGAAAGUUCCCGAAGUUACAGCUAAUAUCUCGGUUUCCGCUAGUGAAAACAUCGAUGAUUCCACAACCGCAAACGCGGUUCCAAAAACUGAAGUGUCCUCGGAGCAGUUACAAGUGGCAACUGUGGAAUUUGAGCUUGAGAGUGCCCCAGAAGAGGAAUCUGCAGCCAUUCCGGAGGUUCAAGAACCACUCGAAAAAGUUGAAGUUCAACCAGAUUUAUCUCAAAAUUCCCCAGCUCCACAUAAGAUCAUAGACUUACAUUUUAAUAUUCCAAAGGAUCACGAGGACUAUGGCAAUGACUAUGUUCCAUUUGGAACUGAAAGUUCUGAAGAAUCGCAGAAAGCAGAUGGUAAUCAAGAGAACCAGGAAGAAGAAGACGUUGUCGCUGAGCUGAACUUCCAUCCAAUUCGUCAAUGGAGAGACGAAGAUGUGAUUUCCCUUCAAUCUCUUAAAUCUUUAGUUGCAGAAGUUGGCUGCAUUACAGAUGUUGAUGCUUCUGAUGUUAAUGAGCAAGACGAGGAGUCAACAUUGAAAAUUCUUAAGGUUGUACCAUCUGAGCCUUCUUUGCUGGAACUUGAUUUUACCAAUGAUCCAAAAGUUAUUCAUGUUCCGAUUCCGUUGAUGGAACCAGCGACAAUGUAUUUGGAAGAAAUGGUAGAGUGGAUUAUUGCAGAUGCUGUGAAAGAAGUUAGUGAAAUGGAGGUGGUGACAGAAUCCGAAAUAAGUGAGAUGGCACCGCAAGUCUCUGAAUCCACGUGUCCGAUUCCUGAGCCACUAGCUGAUUUGAAACUUCCAGUUGAAGAUGAUGAGAAGACUCCAGAACCUGAGCCGGUAGUUCCUGGGCAGGUUCAAGAGAGAAUCAUCCCAAUUGAAGUUGAACAAGCUCCAACGAUUCCACAACGACCACCUCGUGCUCCAAAAUCUGAGCUUCCGAAAGUUGCAAAGCCUCUAGACGAUUCGAAAUCACGUGUGAGAUUCGCUCCAUUGAAUAUCAAACUGGGAAGAACAUACUCUGAAGAACAACAAAAAGAACUUGUAGAAUCUUUGGAAAGACCUCUGACAAUCAUAACUCAACAAAAACCACCUGAGAAGCCAACUGAAGACAUUGGAGCCCUUUCUCCUCUCUCACCAAAUACACUUGCUGAGUAUGAAGAGGUUCCAAUGAUGGAUAUGCAAUCUGUUCCACAUUCUCCCCAGGAGAAGCAGGAAGAGAUUGAGGCGCUGUCGGAAAUUAUUGAAGAGCCACAGGCUAUGAAAGAAGUUGAGAAGCCUGUAGAGUCAGCUCCUGAGAAGGAUAAUGAGUCAUUGGAAGCUCCAGAAAUUAUCAAUGAACCGAUCAGACGAGUUUUAGUUGAAACUAAAAUUAUGGGACCUGGAAAAUCACUGAAUGAAGAUAAUGAUGAUGAUGAUGAUGGAAGUGAAUGUUUGGAUUCAAUUGGGGAUCUUAGUGAACGAACUAUUCAAAGAUUCAAUACCUCCAUUGACGAUCCAUCUAUCCGUCGUGACUCUUUCUCCUCGAUUUCUUCCUUUGGAGAUCGUCAAAAGUUCCGUACCGCUAUUGAGAACAUUCGACAAGAUUUGCUCCCAUUUCAAUCUUCUGUUUCCCAGUACCUUCGUUCAUCUCCAAACCCAUCUCAACAACUUCUAGUCACCAAUUUAUCAAUGGAUUCUCCAUCUGAUUUGUCGCCAAACGCGCCGCCAGUCGGGUUUGAAAACACUGCCCAAUUCCUUGAAAAGUUGCAACAAGAGGAUCGACCAUCCGCUGAAGGAUCCAUAGAUUCCAGUGGAUUUGAGAAGGUUGAUCAUGAAGGUUUAGACGAGUUCGCAGCUCCGCCAGUUCAUGAUCCAAUGCAAAAGUCAGUAUUUGGAAGCCUUGGAUCUGACGACAUGAAGCCAGGAUCUCAGGACGACGGAUUCGUAUUCAUCGAACGAAACGAGGCAAACGAAGCAACUUUAAAGAAGAAUCAGAAGAUGUCUUCCCAUCACAACGACGUCAUCGAAAAGAAUUAUUUCAACGACAACGCACCGACGGCUGCUCUUCUCGAAUCUCCGAUUGCUGAGGAAGCUCGUAAACUCGUGCAAGAUGCCGUCGAAUCGGCUUCGGAAUACAAGAAGCAAGCGGUCGACAGUGGUGAUGAAAUUGGACGUGAAUUGCUCGAUAAUGUUGAGCAAAAGAUUGAGCAAGUGAAAGAGCCAAUUGUCGAUAGCUUGCACAAAGCUUAUGAUGGAGUCGGCGAUUUUGUGCACGAAACUGUCCCAAAUGCAGUUGAUGAUUUUGUCAGAGAAGCUGAGAAACAACUUCCAGAGAGUCCAGUUCCAGAAAAGAUUGAGACUCCAGAACCACUCGUCGAUAUACACGACACUGUAGACAAAGUUCAUGAUGAAGUCGACAACUUCUUGAGACGUGAGCCAACUCCACCAUUCGAGACUGAUGAUGUUGCUCCAUUGUCCGACGAUAAGCCACAGUUCGGAAAUCAGACACCUGAAGAGGAUGAGACGACUUUUGAUCGCAAGGGACCAUUAACGAUUCCAGAGGAAGUGGAGAAGGCUGCCGCUGCUCAAAAUAAUGAUCUUGAUGAUUUCGAUCCAUUGGUUACUUCAAACACUGGAGCUGCAUUUGGAGCCGCUGUUGGAGCUGCCGCAGCUGUUGAGUCUCUCACCGAAGAGGAAAUGUUUGGACAUCAGAAGUUUGAAACCGUGCCACGUCCACCAACUCCACCAAAGGAUAUUAGUGAUGAAGAUGUGAAGCCAUCGACUGUUAAUCUUGGUCCAUCUCAUCACCAUUCUCAUCCAUCAUCGCCACAUCAUUCGAUUUUAAAGCAUCACGGUGAUGCAUGGAUCGAUUUCAAGACUGUUCCACCAUGUGUCUUGGAUGUGAUCUACUGGCGCGAUGCCAAGAAGUCAGCCAUCGUUCUCUCAUUGGCUCUUCUCGUCCUGUUCGUUCUUGCCAAGUACCCACUUCUCACAGUCGUCACAUAUUCGCUUCUUCUUGCUCUCGGAGCUGCCGCUGGAUUCCGCGUCUUCAAGAAGGUUGAAGCUCAAAUCAAGAAGACCGAUUCUGAGCAUCCAUUCUCAGAGAUCCUCGCACAAGACUUGACUCUUCCACAAGAAAAGGUUCACGCUCAAGCUGAUGUGUUCGUUGAGCACGCCACCUGCAUUGCCAAUAAGCUGAAGAAGCUCGUCUUCGUUGAGAGCCCACUGGAAUCUAUCAAAUUCGGACUUGUUCUCUGGUCUUUGACAUACAUCGCUUCGUGGUUCUCUGGAUUCACCCUUGCCAUUCUUGGACUUCUCGGAGUUUUCUCUGUGCCAAAGGUUUACGAAUCUAACCAAGAAGCCAUCGACCCCCAUCUUGCUACCAUCUCCGGACAUCUCAAGAACGUCCAGAACAUUAUCGAUGAGAAACUCCCAUUCCUCCGCAGUGCUCCAGUCGCCGCUGAAGAGAAGAAGGAUCAAUAAAUCGAUUGCCAUCCGAACACACUUUGCCAUUGUUUUUCCUUUCCCUCAUCCCAAAAAAUUCCGCAUUUUGAUAUUUAUCAUCCCCACCCAAACCCAAAAUCGCUUCUAUCAAAUUUUCCUCAAUUUUUUUUUUGACAUUUUCAGGCUUUUCCCAUAAUGCGUGUCUUCUUGUAGAAUGUAAGUCGAUCAAGUAGAUUCAAGCAACAUCUAUUGCUUACUAUUUCCCACCAAUACCUACCCACCUAAUGCAUCCAACCCCCAACCGAUUCAUAAUUAUUUGUACUGUAUAUCUUGUCACAAUUUUGGUACAUUUAUUUUCUCUCAAUUCCCAAUUCAGUCCCCAAACAAUGUCUUUUGUCUAUCGUAAAUAAGUUUCUCUUUAUUAUAUAAAAGCUUGUCCUCAUAA